AGUCGUAUAUGUAGAAGGAACAAGAGAAUGAAGAUGAUGACACAACCCCCAUUUGAAUUUGGAAGCAAAAGAUUGAAGCUUUGUCAAGAAUGGCAAGCUGGGUUAGGAGUGCACAGCUUUAUUCUCAUCCUGGCCUUCAUCCCCAUCAGGCUUUGAAGAAGAGGGUUGAGAUUCAGCAGCAGGGUCAGUUUGUGAGGCUGCCUAAUACUCGUUGUCAUCUCCGGGGGAGAGUCUUCUGUAACUUCGAUGAUGAAGUUGGCAAGAAACAAUCACAGCCGCAACCGACUGGGGUUCAGCUCUACUCUGAGAUUGAGAGGUUGCUUACUGAGACUGUGAGGCAAUCACAGGGUGGUUGGAAUGAUUUGAGUAAUUGGAGUCAAGUAGAGGGAGCAUGGGUUCUGAAACCGAAAACCUUAAAGCCGACGGCAGUUGUGCAUUUUAUUGGUGGUAUAUUUGUUGGAGCUGCCCCUCAGCUCACCUACCGGUUCUUUCUUGAGCGACUAGCAGAGAAGGGAAUUUUGGUGAUUGCAACACCAUAUCCUAGUGGCUUUGAUCACUUCUUCAUUGCUGAUCAAGUUCAAUUCAAAUUUGAUCGAAGUUAUCAGUUUCUUAAAGAUACAAUUGAAGAUCUUCCUAUCUUUGGCCUUGGGCAUUCUUUGGGAUCUGUCAUCCACCUCUUGAUUGGUUCAAGAUAUGCUGUUCAAAGAAAUGGGAAUGUGUUGAUGGCAUUCAACAACAAGGAGGCAAGCUCUGCUGUUCCUCUGUUCUCACCUGUUCUUGUUCCAGUCGCCCAACGCCUUGGACCCAUUUUAUCACAGAUUGCGUCUUCACCAACAUUUCGCCUAGGGGCUGAAAUGACUCUCAGAAAUUUUGAAAACCUUAGCCCUCCCAUCUUGAAGCAAGUUCUACCUUUAGUGGAGCAGCUUCCACCUUUGUAUAUGGAAUUAGUCAAUGGAAGAGAAGAUUUUGUUCCAAAACCUGAAGAGACUCGGCGACUUAUAAAAUCAUACUACAGUAUUUCCAGGAAUCUUCUAGUGAGGUUCAAGGAUGAUACAAUUGAUGAGACUUCAAUAUUAGCACAGGUGCUGAGUUCAGAUUCAGCCAUCUGUUCGAUGCUAGACAUGUCAACUCGCCUGUUGCCUGGAGAUCACGCGCUUCCUUUGCAACAGGCUAUACCAGAUGUGCCUCCAGCAAUGGCAGAUGCAGUAAAUCGCGGGAGUGAGAUGUUGGCCAAUCUCAGCGUGGGAACACCAUGGGAGUCUGUUGCUAAAGAAGUAGGCAACUCAUUAGGCGUAGACUCAACAAAGAUCCUUCGUGCAGAAGUGUCGAAAGACCUGGACCUUCUUGUGGAUGUUGUCGCAUCUUGGAUGGCUUCCAAUACAGGUCCAAGGCUCUUGAAGCAAUGAUAAAGCCUAAAAGAAUACCACAUAUGAUAGGAAGUAAAUUUUUUAUCUCCCUUGAACAAGGUUUACAGGAAUAUGGUAUUUUAAGGAUAAAAAGAAUUGCUUUUACUUCGGUUUUAGUUGUACUUAAACUCACUGUCAUGUCAGGGAUGUAAAAAUCAAGCAUGUUUAUACCAGAGGUGGAUCCAGGAUCCGGAACCUCUCUAGGCUAAUUGAAAGUGUGUAAAUUUUUUAUUUAU